GUACCUGAAAGCAACGCGGCAGCGGAUGUAGCGGCAGCAGUCCACAGUACAUCGGCAACCAUGUAGCGCUGAGAGCAAAAAUAUCUUCCCCCGACUAGCUAAAGUAUAACGACCUCACGUUUAUUCAUGUUGCCAUAAAGUAGCCGUGCAUCAGAAUGUGUUUCUGAGGAGAACUGGACGUCCACACGGAAAUUACAAGGCGAGGGAGUCGAGUGUGAAACCGAAGCCUGUAACGCAGAGGCACUAUCUGCCCUCGCCUGGACGUUUGGUAGGGACGUUGGGCUGCUCUUCUGAUUUAAGAGCCCACUUCGGCGUUUUAGCAGCUGUUUAAAUGACUGCACUUGUGCGGAUACGCAGAUUUUAGACUCGAGGGAAGGGCGUGUAACGCUAACGGAUACCGGGCGUUUGUAGUUUGUUGGCACCAGGUCUGACUAUCCGCGUUACCGCCCCGUUUUUUCUCUCCUGUAGUAACGCUAACAGCACGGCCGGGAGAAGGAGGCUGAAGAAGGUACCGUGUUGGGUUUGGACUAUAACCAAAGCCUGCGUUCACCAUGGGGAACACAACCUCCUGCUGCGUGUCCUCCAGCCCCAAACACCGGAGGAACAACCACUCCAGGCUCGAACCCUACCGACCCGAGCCGGAGCUGAGCCGGGAGGACACGGGCUGCAACCUCCAGCACAUCAGCGACAGGGAGAAUUUAGACGAUCUGCCCAUGGAGUACAAUCCCUCAGAUCAUCCCCGGGCCAGCACCAUCUUCCUCAGCAAGUCACAGACUGACGUUGCUGUGCCCAACAAGAGAGUUCGAGAAAAACGGAAGAGCCUUUACAUCAACCAUCAUCAUCCAGGCCCAGUGAGACGGAAGUACAGCUCAUGUUCCACCAUAUUUCUUGAUGACAGCACUGUCAGUCAGCCCAACCUCAAAUACACCAUCAAAUGCGUAUCCCUCGCAAUAUUCUACCACAUAAAGAACAGAGACGUCGACGGAAGAAUGUUGUUAGAUAUUUUUGAUGAGAAGCUGCAUCCGCUCUCGAAGUUGGAGAUUCCUCCUGAUUACGAUAAACACGACCCAGAGCAGAAACAGAUCUACCGCUUUGUCAGGACGCUGUUCAGCGCCGCACAGCUCACCGCUGAGUGUGCCAUAGUCACAUUGGUGUAUUUGGAGAGGCUCCUAACCUACGCUGAGAUCAACAUUUGCCCUGCCAACUGGAAGCGCAUUGUGUUAGGAGCCAUCCUCCUAGCAUCUAAGGUCUGGGACGACCAGGCGGUCUGGAACGUCGACUACUGCCAAAUUCUCAAGGAUAUCACUGUGGAGGACAUGAAUCGCUGGCAGCGUCAGUUUCUGGAGCUGCUGCAGUUCAACAUGCAACGGCCCGGUCCAGUGUCUACUUACUUUGACCUGCGCUCAAUGGCUGAGGCCAACAACCUCAGCUUUCCCCUGGAACCCCUCAGCAGGGACAAGGCCCAGAAACUAGAGGCCAUCUCGCGGUUGUGUGAUGACAAAUACAAGGACUUGAGGAAACAAGCCAAGAAGCGGUCGGUAAGCGCAGACAACCUGGCGGUGGUGCGGUGGUGUCCGGCCAUCAUUUCCUAACACUGGCCGCCUGGAGCACUGGGAUAGACCUGUCAGACAUACUGUACUGUAUUUCUGCCUGGUAAGCAGGCAGACCAGGUGGGCAGCAGUCCUGUGGAUCAGUGGGUCUGUCUGGAAUACACACACGAUACACACACACACACACAAUCUGUACAAGUGAUUGCACCCUCUCUGGUCAUUGUACAUAAAAGAAGUCCCACUGGCUGCCUGAACUGAACCAAACAGAGCUGAGCUGAACCAAACGAAAGUGUGUGAGUGAAAGUUGUUGGAAUGACGAGCUCGACUGCAGAAGAAAGAAGAGGCCGCACAGAAAUACAGCCGGCAAUAUGAGAGACUGUGUGAAGUUGGAAAAAGAAGAUAUUAAUGCGGAAUAUAACAGAUUGGCAACAACGUUCCAUAAUUCCCUCUUAGGCUCGACUGGCUUGUACGAUUGAUUGAGGGAGGCCGUGUACAUUCCUUUAAUUUGAAUCUCCUGCUUCAGUUUCUUAGCUGAAGCAUGAGAUUUUUUUUGGACAGCUUACAGGCACAUUUUAAAAUGCUCAAUUCCUCAAUUUGUGUCAAUGUUUUGUUGGUGUUUAUCUGUUAUGUUGCAUUCCCAUCCAGCAGAACCCUCUGCUAGUGAAUCCAAGCAUACACAAAGGAAAGACAUGUACAUUCCACCGUUCACUUAAAUGUACAGGUAAUCGAUUUGACUGGACUACAUAUCAUAACCCUCUGCAAAAUAUUCCACAAGGUAUUCAUUUACAUUGUAGCCAUUUAACUUUUUAAUUCAGAGAGCUAACGCUGAAAAAGCAAGUCAGUGUUUAGCUCAAGGACGCUUCGACAGGACCUGGGAAUUCAACGUGUACUGUUCUAGAUACAGAACAGCUUCUCUCGCAGCAAGGCCAUCCAGCCACCAUUCAAAUACAGCUAUUCACUUAAAGCAAUAUUCAUGCAUUGCUUUGUUGUUGUGAUCAAAUACGAUGAAGCGUGCAUACUCGGGAGAAUACUGACUGAAAGACACUUCACUACUCUCAGUCACAUUUGAGACAUACUGUAGAGCUUAUGUUGUACUUAACUCACUGCCAUUGUCCUGACCUGUGGUGCCUGUAAUAAGCUAGUUUAACACUUCUCCCCUCUCUACUGGAGGAACAGAACAAAUAACUGAAGUAUUUUUUUUCCUUAACAUUUUGUAUGGUUCUUCCAGCUUAUAAAGAAACAGCACAAUGGAAUAUUUACAUUUAGGGGCCACUAAAAGCAUGAUUCUUCAGGGGUUUUUUUUGUUCUGGAGAGGACCGAAAUGUAUGAAAAAGCAUUAAGCGACAAUUCAAACUCUGCUUUCAAAAAGAUAGAUUGUAUACAUUUUGCUAAAUUGUCUCUGUACAGUGUAAAUACAGCGCCAGUGUGCAAAACCUGUAGACUGAGGUCGUACUGUAAUAAAACAGAAUGAUGUUAGAAUAUUUAUAUUGGAUCAGUUUUUACUGGACAGGAGGCUGGCAGUAAAUAUGUUUGAUUCCUUGUACCUAUGACAAAUCAAGUAAAGACAAAGGUGGAGUAUUAGGAUUUAAAUGGGAGACACCACUUAAGAUUUUUUGUCUGUUUUCUUGUUAGGAUGUUUUUCACUCUGCAGAAAAUGCCAAGUUUUUAUGUGUUACAUACUGUAUAUGGUAUAUAGAUAAUACAAGACAAUUCAGGCUUAUUAUAUGGUUUGUCAUUUUUGAAGAUUUUUUUAACCCCACUCUGUGGAAGCGUUGCCAGAUACUUAUCAGUUGAUAAAGUAAAAACAACUUUAUUUUGCUCCUCUUUAUCUUUCAGUUGCUCAUUUUAUUAUAUUUGAGCUCAUUCAUUUCCCUAUUGUUUUGGUCUUGGCACACAAUAAAUAAUUUAUCUGCCCACUAUUUUAGUAAAGCUAACUUUGUUAGCGUUAGGUUGAUGGCUAAAAUGCUGUUACAAGAGUUUAUACAGAGAUUCUACAGCAGUAAUGUUUAUGGAUGAUUAAUAUGUGCACUGGCUGGUCCUAGUUUUAGAAAGAGAUUUAGCUUCAGCUGCGUAGCUAGCUGAAAAGACUAGUGCUCACUGCAUGGAUGUAUUGAAGGACCUAGAUACUCAAAGAUGCCACCCACUCACUUCAGUGAAAAUUGCCCACCUGGCACAUGAGCCUAAAUAGUUUUUCAUCUUCAGGGUUUGCUUGCGUAUGGUGCGACCCACUGCACGUGCACAUCAGUGUGUCAUUAUCAUUAGUGUUUCUGCCACUGGCCUCGUGUUCUUGCUCACAAAUAUGAAACAUCCAUAAAUUAAACAUUCAUGAUACAAAGAGUAAUAACCAAUCUCUUAAUACAGCCGUGAUUCUGGCACUAGUGUUUCUCUGUUCUAAAUAGCUCCACUGAUGUUACACACAUACAUUCUUAGUGAACAAAUAAAUGAUUAAAUAUAUGCCAAGGCCAAAAAUACAGGAAAAUUAAAGAGCUGAGAUAAAUAGACGGGUAAAAUAAAUUAAAUUGAUUUACUUUAUGAACAGAUUGGCAGUAAAGGAUCAUGUGUUCAGUACUAUCUUUACAUUUUCUGAAACCUUUUAUAACCUAUUGGCAGUUUUGGUCCGCAGUUUCAUGCAUUUACAGGGAAUAAAUGAAACUGUCGAACAGGUUUUUCAUGAAAAAACUUAAAUCAGAAACAUACUGGGAUGUAGUCGCGGGUAAGCCUAUGAAAUCACUGAGUUAUAUUGGGUUACUUCAUUCUAGUUUUCACACUUGAAUGGGUUGAUAAAAGUGUGAAGUAAUACUUCUAUUAUAAAAAACGUUGUAAUAGUGGUUGUUUGCCUUAUGAUCAACUGGACUUACAUUUUCCUCAAUUACAUGACUGAAUACACAGUAAACAGUAUGUAUCAAAAUAUUGUGACAUAACCUGGAAGUGUCUAAAAAAAGACAUUUUUUUAGAUGCAUUUUUCUUCAUCACAAAUGUGACAAUAGCGUACCCUCCUUCAAUGCUAUAGGUUAUUUUGUACAUUUCAUUAGCAACGUCCACGUCUGGGAUUUGGUUCUGUUGUUGGUCAAGCUACUAGAGAAUCAGGUCGGUCAGGUCAGUGAGACCCUGAGCAGCAGGUGUGAGGAGGGACAGAACCGUACCAAAGGAGAAGUGAAGGCCGAUGCUGUUGCUCCACCCCGGCCCUCUUGCACAUGAAGUAUAUGAAAAGGGUGUUGGGACUUGGGAAGAGAACAGUUGUUUUGCAUGGUGCUUUGAAUGAGUGAAAAAUAAAGUGCAAAAAUGUGUCCUUAGGAAAGUAAUGUUACUGGAGUUGCUGUUGUGAGUUCAAACUGUUAGAGGUGUUCAAAGAUUGUAUAUCCUAUUUAUUGUAUGUGUGUGCAUACAGCCCAGUCUGGUGUUUUCUUAGACCCAGAAGUAAGCGUUGAUAGCGUUGAUGCCGUGAGGUCAAACUAUGGUGAGUCCUGAGGUGGGAAAUUGACUCCGACAGUGAAGACCUUGGGUCUGUGGCGUCCUGUCGGCUGGUUAACUAGGUGUGUGUCAUAGCCUUGUGCACUGAACUCUACCUCUGCAUAGAGUUUUACUUUUCUCUUGAUUUUUUUUCUUCCUCUCUUUGACAACAAUUUUUGAAUUUCACAAAUUCAGCUUUGAUCAUGACGAUUUCCCGUGCUAACAUCAGUCAACUGCUGUAGCUGUGACCUAUUUUUUUUUUUUUCAUUGAUUGAUAUUUUCAACAAGUUGUACUGUAUUCUGUUGUGUUGUUAUUGUCAGUGUAUUAUUUUCCUUUCAGUAAGUCAGUCAUUCUGUUCCCGUUCUCAGUUUGCCAAACUCAGAUCUCUCUAUCUCGGUUCUCUUUUCCUCUGUACUUUUUCAACUAUGAUUUAUAGAACUUCUCCCAAUCUUCUCUCUGAAGCAAUGUUUAGAAAACCCUGUGCAAGAAUUAAACUUAAAA